GAAGCACAGGGUUCAUUCCUGUGUUGUUGACUCAUCAUUGUAUCGGUUUCCGUACGGAAACGUGUGAUGGGGCAAAGCUGCUUUUGCCCCACCUAGUAGGUAGCAUGUCACUAAGUUGGUAACACACUUAACAAUUAUUUUGCCAGUUGUUACUAUGUUUUAAGAUGUCAGGGACAUUAGAAUUUAGAACUGAAGGGUGUUUUAUCGUUCAUUGGUGAACCGAACAAUGAAGAGAAUCAGGCAGAGUGGGAAAAUGCCUCUUUCCUCCCAGGGAAAUGGGAGGCAUAGGGCAUUUUUGUAACCCUCAAAGGCACGGACAGUUCCUGGCGGAUGGGCCAGCUGAGGCGCGGUUUCCUAAGCAGGAGCCGUGUGAACAGACCUGUGACGGCCGGGGCAGGGGCUGCGGGGGGUGACGGUCUCCCUGCCACGGGGCACUGUCAGCGCCAGGCUGUCCUGGGGCCUGGCCUCGAGAGGAUGAGACGUACGUCCCGGGCAGGUCUGGGCAUCUAGUUGCCAGUGAGAGACCAAUGAUGAUAAUUACCCAGAAGAUCACUAGUUUGGCUUACGAAAUCCAUGACGGCAUGUUUCGAAAGGAUGAAGAGCUGACUCCGUCGCAGAGAUACUUAGCUGUGAGGCGCAUGCCGAGCCUGCUGGAGUAUUUGAGCUACAACUGUAACUUCAUGGGCAUCCUGGCCGGCCCCCUCUGCUCGUACAAGGACUACAUCAUAUUCAUCGAAGGCAGGUCGCACCACGUGGCACACUCAGACAAAAAUGGCAAAGAAGAGCCGCACCGUGCAAGAGCAGAGCCGUCUCCCAAUGUGGCGGUCACUCAGAAGCUCCUGGUCUGCGGACUCUCCUUGCUGGUUCACCUGACCGUCUCGAGCUUUUUCCCCGUGGAACACAACAUCGACGAGCACUUCCGAGCCACAGCCUCGUGGCCCACAAAGGUCAUCUAUCUGUACAUCUCUCUCCUGGCGGCCAGGCCCAAAUACUACUUUGCAUGGACAUUAGCCGACGCCAUCAACAAUGCUGCGGGCUUCGGUUUCAGGGGGCACGAUGAGAACGGAGAAGCCCGUUGGGACCUGAUCUCCAACUUGCGGAUCCAGCAGAUAGAGAUGUCAACAAGUUUCAAGAUGUUUCUUGAUAACUGGAAUAUUCAGACAGCUCUUUGGCUUAAAAGGGUGUGCUACGAGCGUGCCACCGUGAGCCCCACCAUCCAGACGUUCGUCCUGUCCGCCAUCUGGCACGGCGUGUACCCGGGGUACUACCUGACCUUCCUGACCGGGGUGCUGAUGACGCUGGCAGCACGAGCGAUGAGAAGUAACUUCAGACACUAUUUCGUCGGGUCUCCCCAGCGUAAACUGCUGUAUGACGUGGUCACGUGGGCAGUCACCCAGGUGGCCGUGAGCUACACCGUCGUGCCGUUCGUGCUGCUCUCCGUGAGACCGUCCUUGGCCUUCUACAGCUCCUGGUAUUACUGCCUUCACAUUGCUGGUAUCUUAGUAUUACUGUUGCUACCAGUGAAAAAAACUCAAAGAGGAAAGAGUACACACGAAAAUGUGCAGCUCUCACGAUCCAAAAAGUUCGAUGAGACAGAGACUUCUUUGGAACCGAACAGUUUUCCCGAAACAAACAGUGUUCGUAGCCCAGAAGCAGCCUCCGCACACCUGCCGUCGAACCAGUGACCAGAAGGCCGGCUGCUGUUCGUACAUUAACAGAAACCAGUCUUAGCACCUUCUCAAGGUUCCGGGUCUGUUUGAAAAGAGAGGAAGUUGGGGGGGAAUCGGACAGUCGCCGAUAGGGAAUCUCCUGCGCACCCGCUCGGAAGUGGAGCAGAGCGAGCCCUCCCCUGCCACGUCCCCGCGGGCCACGCCUUACACAGACACUCCCACUACUUCGAUGGGCUCGGGGACCCCCGCACGGGGCAGCAGGGGCACGUGGGGCCUGCUGCUGAAAGUCCGCGCGUGCCCUGAGGCGCUGAAGAGGUGCAACGGGACUGUGUCCCUCUGGGCGAUGGAGAGGUGUUAACUCUUCCAAACGAAUGUCUUGCCUUAAGCCCUCUGUUUCCUAAACUGUUGUCCCUAAAUGGUGUUUUCAGGUGUGCUACUGUGAGAGCUCUAUUUCAAUAUUUGACGUUCUAGGCUACGAAGGAAUUCUGGGGGAGAUCGAAACAGGACAUUUAAGAUUGUGGAUAAGUUUAAAAAUGCAAUAAACACCUCAGUGUUCGAAGGGGUUUCUUAAAGUAUCUCAAAUCACUACAGUGGGUAGCGAGUCCGCAGACAGUGAGGACGCCAAAUUAUAGGGAGCUUACUUUCCCAGAGAGUUUAAUUACUUUGUGUCAGUCAGAGAGCUUCAAGGAAGCGUUUCUUAAGCAUAAUUAAAGAUUGGUAAUGUGAUAUUUCAAGCUCAUUUUCUUACAGAAGAGAGAGAAGAUGACGGAGGCAGGCCGGCGGGC